ACCCAUAAUGCACAGCGAGGCUAGUUAGCGCUUAGCUGAAAACAACAACAGCGAUACUGAACAACAACGACGGCGGCGGGGAGCAGAUUUCAGCACAGCGGCGCAGUGUGUCACUUUUAUGAAGCACAAUGUCCGCCUGAAUUUCUCUGGCUGGAUGUUAGGACGUAUUUUAGGACGUGUUUUGACUGCAGAGCGCUGAGUGUGGAUAAGUGUGUGUUUUUAGGAGCUUCGCCCCAUCCCUCUCCCUCAGGUCUCUCCCCCCUCUCGCUACAGGUCUAUGGUCGAGGGUAUUCCGGCGGCGGCGGUGCCAUGAACAGCGGACUCCCAGCCUCAGCCGCUCCGCUCGGGGGGGUUGGGAUACCAGGCGUGAAGGUGAAGUUUUGCCGCUACUACGCGAAAGACAAGACUUGCUUUUAUGGAGAUGAGUGUCAGUUCGUGCAUGAGGACCCAGCUGUGGCCAGCCUGCCAGUGCACGGCGGCGGCGGUGCAGGCGGAGGAGGCGGCGGUGGAGGUGGUGGAGGCGGCGGUGGAGGAGGCGGAGGCAGUCCCGUGCCUUUCUCCAUGGCUGGAAGCGGCGGGACGGCAGCCGGGUAUCCGCUCGGGGGCAGCGCGGUGGUGGCGGCGGCCUGUGCGGGCGCUGCUCCUGCCAGUGUCCCCAAAAAGAGCGAUGCUCUCGGGCCAGCGGGGGCAACUCUGGACGGGCAGCUCCUAGCCAUCCCUGGGAUGGACGGCGGUGCACUGAGUGAUGCGAAUCUGACCAACUCCUACUUCAGCAGCAGCUUUAUUGGGGUCAAUGGGUUUGGGAGCCCAGCAGAGUCCAAAUAUUCUAUGAUGCAGAGGAUGACCAGCAGCAGCAGCUCCCCGAGCCUCCUUAAUGAUGGUGCCAAGAAUUUCAGCCACAGCACUCAUGAUCCAGUAAAUUCCCCCACUUCCUCCCUUUUUAGUGACUUUGGUGCUUUGAGCAUAACGCAGAGGAGAAAGGCUCCUAAUCCAGCAGCCACUGAAUUCAUCCCUAAAGGAACGCCUCGCAUGGCCACCAUGUCUCAGGCAGCUGUCCCCACAUUUCCCUCGCCCCUCUUCCCCCACCCUGGCCUGAGUAGCUCCACUGCAGCUGGCCUUGCUCCUGGUAUGUCACUGUCUGCUGGGUCAUCUCCUCUCCACUCCCCCAAAAUCACCCCCCACACCUCCCCUGCUCCACGGCGCCGUAGCCAUACCCCUAACCCAAACCCAGCCAAUUACAUGGUGCCCACCACUGCGUCCGACCAAGGGAGUGGUGCCCACAUAAUCCAGAAGGAGACUGUGGGUGGGACCACCUACUUCUACACUGAUAACACCCCUGCUCCUAUGGCUGGAAUGGUGUUUCCAACUUACCACAUCUACCCACAAACAGCACCUCAUGUGGCAUACAUGCAACCCAAAGCCAAUGCUCCAUCUUUUUUUAUGGCCGAUGAGCUCCGACAGGAGUUGAUAAACAGGCAUUUGAUAACAAUGGCCCAGAUUGAUCAAUCAGAGAACCCAGGAGUUCCUUCUGAGGUGGACAGCUACCAUAGCCUCUUUCCGUUGGAGCCCCUUCCUCCUCCCAACCGCCUACAGAAAACCAGCAACUUCAGUUAUAUCACUUCUUGUUACAAGGCGGUUAACAGUAAAGAUGACUUGCCUUACUGUCUCAGGAGGAUACAUGGCUUCAGGCUAGUGAACACCAAGUGUAUGAUGCUGGUCGACAUGUGGAAGAAGAUUCAGCACUCCAACGCUGUCACCCUCCGAGAGGUCUUCACCACAAAAGCUUUUGGAGACCAUUCGUUGGUGUUCUCUUAUGAUUUCCACGCGGGGGCUGAGACCAUGUACUGCAGACACUUCAAUGACCCAACGGCUGACUCUUACUUCACCAAGAGGAAGUGGGGUCAGCAUGAACCCCCUCCUCCACGGCAGCAUGCUGGCCUGCUGCCUGAGUCUCUGAUCUGGGCCUACAUUGUCCAGCUGAGCUCAGCGCUGCGCACCAUCCAUACAGCUGGCCUGGCCUGCAGGGUCAUGGACCCUAGCAAGAUCCUCAUCACUGGAAAAACCCGGUUACGGGUGAACUGUGUAGGAGUGUUUGAUGUCUUAACGUUUGACAACAGUCAGACCAACCACCUGGCGCUUAUGCCCCAGUACCAGCAAGCUGAUUUGAUCUCCCUGGGGAAGGUGGUCUUGGCUCUGGCCUGCAACUCUCUGGCUGGCAUUCAGAGAGAGAACCUUCAGAAAGCCAUGGAGCUGGUGUCCAUCAACUACUCAUCUGACCUCAAGAAUCUCAUCCUUUACUUACUAUCAGAUCAGAGUCGCCUGCGCAGCGUCAAUGACAUCAUGCCCAUGAUCGGAGCCCGGUUCUACACACAACUGGAUGCAUCACAGAUGAGAAACGAUGUCAUUGAGGAGGACCUGGCCAAGGAGGUGCAAAAUGGACGUUUGUUCCGCCUGCUGGCCAAACUGGGAACUAUCAAUGAGAGGCCAGAAUUCCAAAAGGACCCUACGUGGUCAGAGACGGGGGAUCGUUACCUGCUGAAGCUGUUCAGAGAUCACCUGUUCCACCAAGUGACGGAGGCUGGCACACCUUGGAUCGACUUGAGCCACAUAGUGUCUUGUCUCAAUAAGUUGGAUGCGGGGGUCCCAGAGAAGAUCAGCCUAGUAUCUCGGGAUGAGAAGAGCGUGCUGGUGGUGACUUACUCAGACCUGAAGCGCUGCUUUGAGAGUACCUUCCAGGAACUGCUGGCUGCUGCCAAUGGCCCCCUGUAGCGCCCCCACAGGCAAGGGGUGGAACUGCCUGAACCGGAGCACAUUGCACUACAGUGAAGGACGAUGAGCGCAGAAUGAUGAUCUCAUGGCCAGGGCGGAGCAUACUGGUUGCUCACUUCCAGUCAGAUACACUGUCCUGUCCAGAAAGGAAGUUUUUUUCUAAAGCAUAUUUUUUUAGUUUUCAUAACCACACAGCUAACAAAUUAUGGACAUGUUGACAGCUGUGAUGAAUUUUUUUAGACUUGGGGAACAAGGAUGAUGACAAAAAA